AGCUGUCGACUGGUUGUACCGAGCUACAGCCCCCGAGUCUCGUCUCUGGUGAGGAUCACCGAUAAAAGCUCUCCCGACCCUCGCAGUGGCUUUUCCGUCUUAAACCCGCUCAACCCACCGUCUACCGAAUACACUCUGGUCAACUCGAAACGGUUUAUUCUAAACAAUGGCAUCCGAAACAGGUGCUAGCACUCCCGCCGAGGAGCCGACCCCCGCGCAGCUGCUGAUGGAGCAGCACGACCACCAUGUCACCGUCGAGGACGUCGUGGACGAGGAGGACGUUAAACACCCCCCGCCCUCUGCCUCCAACCCUGACGCUUCCGAUGCUCCUGCCGCGACUCUGAGCGAGAAGGCUGCCGGCAAGCAAAAGGCAGACGACUCAGCUGCCCCUGCCCCGAAGCCUGCGAAGUCCGCCUUGGACACUGCGUCCGAGGAUGCCUUCCCAGCUCUUGGUCCCGUUAAGCCUCGCGCCCAGGCCUCUGCACCCACCUGGGGCAAGAAGCCCGCUGCCGUCACCUCCAACGGCGUCAAUGGCAGCAACGACGCCUCUACCCCCGCUUCCGGACCUGCGCUCCCCACCAUGUCCAUCCCUGGCCAGUACAACCAGAACAUCCGCUUCUCCCCUAACCAGCUCACACCUCGCAAAGACCUGAAGAAGCCCAUCAACGAGAUCAUCCGCGAGAUCAACAGGCGAUCCAAGGCCAAGCUCGAGAUGAAGCAGCUGGGUGGCAUGAUCGUCUUCGAAUCUACUGGUCCCGUUGAGGCUGUUCGCCAGUCGCUCAAGGACAUUGCUAACGAGGUUGGCUCUAAGCAAUCUGUCGAUGUACCCGUCCCCGCUUCCAUUCGCGCUCACAUUAUCGGCCGUCAAGGUUCCAAGAUCCAGGAGAUCAGCAAGCGCACCGGUGCUCGCAUCCAGGUCCCCAGGGCGGAGGCAGGUGAGGACGAGGAUACCAUGGUCGACGUUCACAUCGAGGGCAAUGCGUUGACUGCCGAGAUGGCUCGCCGCGAGAUCGAGGCCAUUGUCAACGAGCGCACGUCGACUGUCAACUUGCGUCUCAAGGACAUUGCCGCCGAGUACUACCCCUUCCUUGCUGGGCCGCGCAACGUCCAUCUCGGAAACCUGACCCAAGGCCAAGAUGUCGACGUCAAGAUUCCCGAAUACUACACCUGGCGCACUCAGGCCCCACCACAGACUGGUCGCAACCAGCCGGCUGUCUUCGUACCCCAAGCCAACUUCCCCAUCCAGAUCUCUGGAGAGCGAGUUGCUGCCCAGCAGGUCCAGGCCCAGCUUGAGCGUCGCGUUCAGCAACUCCGCCAACAGCUCGCCGUUGAGCAGCGAUCCAUUGAGCGUGGCCGACACCAGUUCAUCGUUGGCGACCACCCUGGUGGCUCUCUGCACGAUUUCUUGGAGGAGACCGGCUGCAGUAUUGUCCUGCCUCCCAGCACCGACGACAGCGAGACUGUGUACAUUGUUGGCCCACCUAACAAGAUCGAGCAGGGUAUCAACAAGCUCGAGGAUCUCGCUGCUAGCAUGACCAUGGCCACCGCUGACUGCGCCCGAGAGCACCGAGGACCCAACUCCCAGGCUCAUGCGCACAACCUGACGCGUUACUUGCGCCAGCGCCAGGCAUUGGCUGAACUUGAGCGCCAGCACGAAGCCAGCAUCGUCGCUCCUACUGAUCGCGAUGGGCCGACUGGGUGGGAAAUCUACGCGCGAAACGGCAAGAACAGCAUGAAGGCUCGUGGCGAUAUCAUGAGCGUCUUCCAGGGUCACCCGCCCAGCCGGUUCGCCACUAUGGACGUCGAUCCCUUCUACCACUCCUUCCUGCAAAAGCGCAACGCGAAGCAACUCCGACAGGAUACCGGUGUGCACGUAGUAUUCCCUGAGGAAGUAGAGCAAUCCCCAGAACUCAUUCUUGUGUUUGAGGGUAGCACACCUUAUGGCGAAUAUGCAAUCCCACGUGGUGCGCCUCCAGCCGCCGAGGUCAAGGCCUAUCAACAAGCUCUGCAGCAAGCUCAGCAAUUCAUCCAGAGCCUCACCAGCGAGCAGCCCGAGAUUGAGUCGCGCGGUUUCGAGUCCAACCCCAAACUCCACCGCAAGAUCGAGCAAUACAUCAACGAGGAGCAGCAGAACCUUGCCAACGACCAGGUUCCUGUUCAAGCUCUCUUUGGCGAGCGACGCCCAGAGGCUCACAGCCGUUCCAACAACAACUUCGCCAUUCGCGGACCCGCGAACGCUGUGGACGACUUUAAUGCCAAGAUCCUUGCUUUCAUUGAGCAGGCAGAGAAGGAUGAGCUCGAGCGCAACCAUGUUACAACUUUCGAUUACCCGCAGAAGUACGCUAGUCAUCUGGUUGGCAAGGGAGGUGAGAACAUCCAGCGCCUGCGCCAGAAGUUCGACGUCGAUGUCCAGAUCGACGAUGGCAAGGUCACACUCAAGGGCCCAUCAGCGAAGGCACAGUUGUGCAAGAAAGACAUCCUUGACAUGGCUAAGAAAUUCGAUGAUGAGGCGACCCACGUGCUGAAGAUCAAGCCGCAGUACCAUCGUGAUCUCAUUGGCGCUUCAGGCAAGCAGGUUGAACGUCUGCAGACCCGCUACAACGUUCGCAUCAACUUCCCCCGGAGACAAAAGGAGAACGACGACGCGACAUCACAAGCAGCGUCGGGACGAAACUCCCGUGGCCAAAACCAAGAUGAAGUCAUUGUGCGAGGUCCUAAGAAGGGCGCUGACGAGGCUCGUGAUGAGUUGCUCAACCUCCUUCAGUAUACUAUGGACAACUCACACACAGACAUUGUCUCUGUUGCUCAGAGCCAAGUUCCUCAGUUGAUUGGAUCCGGCGGCCGCGAGAUGGAGAACCUCCGCCUUGCCACUGGCUGCCAGAUUGAUGUCCCAGGUGCCCGCGAAGGCGCUGAUGGGUCAGGUCGUGCUGAUAUCAAGCUCAAGGGUACCAAGAAGCAGGUUGAGGAGGCCAAGAAGAUCUUGCAAGAGCGUGCCAAGGUCUUCGAUGACACCGUCGUUGAGACAAUUGACGUCGAGAGGAAGCACCACAGGACUCUCAUCGGUGGCAGCGGAUCAAACAUCCGCUCCAUUGUCACUGCUGCCGGCGGGCCCGACAACUCUCGCGACCUGGCCCGUAUGGUGCGCUUCCCCAAGGCCGAGUCCGAGGGCUCUUCCAUUCGCGUUGAAGGCCCGAAGAGCAUUGUGGAGAAGAUCUUGGCUUCCAUCAAAGCUCAGGUUUCAUCUCUCGAGAGCCAGACAACUGAGAUCCUCGAGGUUGUUCCCGACAAGCACCGUCUGCUCAUUGGUCGCGGUGGCGAGACCCGCCGCUCCCUUGAGUCGCAGUUCAACGUUCAGGUAGAUAUUCCCAAGCAGACCGUUACUGGCGCUGCUCGUAGCCAGAUCAAGAUCACCGGUGAGCCGGCUCAGGUCGAGAAGGCCAAGGAGCACAUCCUCGAGCUCGUCAAGGGCCAGGAAGGCGAGACUGUUCAGGUUCCUCGCUACCUCCACCACGUCAUCUCAGACAAUGGCCAGUUCUUCCGCCGCAUGCGCAGCAACCACCAAAUCACCAUUGAUCACGAUGGUCAGCAGCCCCCGGCGAAGCCUGCUCAGGCCGAGGCUGGAAAGGCAAGAAAGGGCGCUAACGGCGCUCUGCCCUUGAUCACGGACGAUGCCGACAACGAUGCUGACGCGCACUCGUGGGAGAUUGUCGACAACAAUGCCACAGAAGAGGGUACUGAUACAUCGGCCACAAUUCCUUGGGUCCUCCGUGGUUCGCCCGAUAGCCUGCCCAAGGCCCGCCAGACGCUUGAGGCUGCCAUCCAGGCUGCUUCAAAGCCUUCAUCGACUGGAUACCUCAUCCUGCCCGACCCGCGAAGCUACAGGCUCGUCGUCGGUUCGGGUGGUUCCACCAUCAACGAUCUUCGCAAGAAGACUUCUACCAAGAUCAACGUACCCCGCGACCAAGCAAAGAACGAGGCUAUUGAGAUUGUCGGCAGCAGGGAGGGCGUCGAACAGGCGCACCAGAUGAUCUUGGACAUUGUGUCCCGGAGCGGAAACGGCCGCCAGUAAAAACAAAACGCUUUGGAAUGUGUGCUCGCACGCACUGAGCAGAGAUGUGUAUGAUUGCAUGUCAUCACUAUAAUGAGUAUGCAUAUUUACGAAACACAAAAAUGGGGGUAGAUUGAUAUUUUGAGCGAAUGAUGAAUGUUUUUUAUACGAACUUUUUGUUUUUGGUGUAGGGGGAGUGGGGAUCUGAUCUACUCUCUUUCUUGGUUGAUGUUUUGUGGGGGGUUUGGGGGGUGGUCAAAAGGCAUGUAUAGGUUGGGUUGGGUUGAGUUGAGUGCAUGGAACAAAAACGGUUUUCAUCUCGCUUUCAUGUAGGACAUCUUUUAAUGCUUCUUGACUCCUGUAUACGUGUUGAUCAAGCUAUCGUCAUCAUCACAAAUCAUGCUUCAAGUGUCAUUCCUGCAAAAAAAAAAA